AACUUGUUUCCUUCACGUUUUAGUUUUGGAUGUACAAGUGCUGCGCUAUUUUGGAAUUAAGAAAGUAGAUAUCAGUGAAGUUUCCUGGGGUGUUGUAAGAAAUGGCAUCUGGGAGUACUUCAGGAACAAUCGGACAAAUGGCUAAAUCGGAAUACAGAAAUUGGCUUGCGCUUGGUCAUGCUUUAACAACCGUGCUUUGCCGAGGUCUGCGCCCCUUUGUCCACCGAGAGACGGAAACCUUCUAUAGAAAUGUAUUGGCAAGAACUGCCGGACCCUGCACAUGUGUUUAUGUCCCGAGACGAAAACCAAACGAGUACCACGACAUGACUACCUGCGCGUGGGCUAACAUCAUUCAGGCCCAUCACCACCGAAAUAAACCGAAUUGGAAACAAAGUGAUCCUGCCAAAUGGAUGGACCCAAACCUGGGCCCCUGGGAAAUAGCUAAAGUCUUCCUUCCUGAUUUGGGAGGACAUGCCGACAUAAAGAGUGCAGAUGACUUGGACAUCACUGGAAUCUUGAAUCUGAUGUACUGGUGUAACCACUUCACUAUUCAUCAACCCUUGAUUAAUGAAGUCCGUGAUACACGAAACAACAAGUGGGUGCAUGUGCCAAAGCUUGAGUUAACGAAUGCUGAUAAAACAGAUGCUUUUGAUGCCAUCGUGAACUUGCUCAAUGAUCCUCAAUUAGCUCGAGAUCCAGACGCACAGAAAGCCCUUAAAGAAGUCAUUAAUCUUAAAAGUGUCACCGACUUACACAGUAUGGAGGCUCAAAUUUUGGCUGAUUUUAAAGAAGUAAUAAAUAAAGAGAUUUUAAACUUGCAAUUGGAGUCCGAGAAAAACAAAGAACAAGUAAGUCAACUGAAAGAGCAGCAGGAGAAUUUGGAAAAGGUCGUGGAGGAUUUGGGGCAAAAACACCAGGUUUUAUACGCAGCAUGGGUCUGGCAACUUCUGGCAUAUGUGCUCGGACGCCUCAUUAGAAGUCUUACACAUUUCAGGAAAGGGAUUUUCUUGAUGUUCCUACUUUGAAGCUUCUGUAACAUCUUAGACGAUGACACCAUCAUCAAAGACGGAUGCGCCAUUAAAAGACACGAUGACCAGUGGAAACUUAAAUACUUCGACUUCAGUGAUUUUGUUACCUCGUCCAGGACAGACUUUAUUGGGAGACAAUGGCUGUAUCGCGAGAUGGAAGAGGUUAUGGAGCACGCAAGCUCGCGCGGUGUUCUUCUUGUUGGAAAUCCUGGUUCUGGCAAGACAGCUUUUGUUUCUAAUUUGCUUUGUUCCAGAGCAUCAAGCACGUUUAUUCAUGAUAGAAUAGUUGGAUAUCAUUUUUGCAUGCACUCAGACAAAGGAACACAAAAUGCGGCCAAAUUUGUAACAAAUCUGGCAAAUAUGGUUGCUUCGACGUUUGUUGAAUACGGUGAAAUGAUUUCGAGCGAUUCCUUUGUGCGUAGAGUGUUGCACAGCAAUUGCCCGCAAGAUCCAGAGUGGUGUUUUCAAGAAGGAAUCCUUACCCCUCUGAAGAACAUGGUGCAGCAACCCAAAGAGCCCUGGUACAUUGUUAUCGAUGCCUUGGAUGAAUGCUCAAACAAUGGCAAAGCAGAAAUUUUAAGCAUGCUCGAGUCCAAAGUGCGACGGCUUCCAAAGUGGCCAAAACUGAUUAUUACCUCACGUAAUAUAAACGCUAUCACUACAAGCCUUGAUGGUAUGCAAAUACUCGAUCUGCGAUCAGAUGACCAAAGGAAUCUAGACGAUAUUGAUUUGUACUUAUCACUUAAGAUCAUUCCUUUAAGAGCUUCAAUUCUAAACAGAAUAAAGACAUUCUUUUCAAUUACGGACAACAACACUCCGGAAAAGAGGAUCGUGACCAGUCUAGUUGAAAGGGCCCAGGGAAAUUUCUUAUUCAUAAAAGUUAUGUUAGACUUCCUGUUUGCAACACCAGAAAGUUUCAGAUGGACUGAAAACUUCCCAAAAACGCUUGACAACACUUUUCAGUUGUACUUUGAACGAAAAUUUGGUUCACGAGAAUCCUUCCGAUCUUUACGUGAUAUUUUUGAAGUCCUGGUUGCAGCGUAUACGCCGCUAUCUGCUCAAGACAUACACUCCCUCCUUAAGCUUGACAAUCCAGACCUUGACUUUGAGUAUGAUUUAAUACCAAAACUAGAAGAGGUUUCUUUGUUCCUGUGGCAUGGAUCUGAAAACCGACUUGUGCGAAUUUAUCAUGCGUCUUUGUCAGAAUGGCUGACCAGUGAAACCAAUAAAGGCAAGUUUUAUUACGUGAAGAAACAAAAUGGACACAGACGCCUUGCAGAACUUUACCUUCAAAACGCAACCACCACCAUGCAGCCCCGGACAAUAGAAGAGAUUUUCUAUUUGGCAUGCCAUAUUGUGGAGGGAGGUUUAAACGAAAAUCAGGUCCACAAAUUUCUGUCACUUCCUUCAAAUAUGGUCAACAGAUCAGACGAAGUCAAAACCACUGCGUUACAUUUAAGUUCAGGGGCAGUCGAUUCAAGAGUAACUGAACUUUUGAUGAAGCAUUUCCAUGACGUCGACUGUUUAGAUAAUGACUGUCGUACGCCUGCCUUUAUUGCUGCAACCACCGGAUACCUUAAAAAUCUAAUCAUGCUGGUUGAAAGGGGAGCAGAUCUUAACCGCACUGUUACAUGUCUAGAUUUUAAGAUGCUAAGAGACACACAAGAUUCUGUGCGUGAGUGUAAGAGAAGGGCAUGUGAAUAUUCUUUAAUGCACAGCGCUGCGCAAGAAGGGAACAUUGAUAUCGUUGAAUUUCUUAUCGAAAGCCAUUUGAAUGUAGCAACAGUAACGGGUUCCAACAACACUGCUGUCCAGUUAGCUGCUGAAAAUGGACAUCUUGAGGUCGUUUUAGCCCUUAAGAAAGCUGGUGCAGCUUUGGAUGGCAUCUCUUUGCAUCACGCUGCUGCUGGUGGCCACAAUCAUGUCGUGGAGUAUUUAAUAAAUGAAGGUAUUAGAGAUGAUUGUAUAAAUAAGAGUCCUUCCCUAGCGGAAUCCAGUCACACAAGGAAUAUUUGGCAGGGCGUCAGGGUACAUGCAUAUGACAACGGUCACUUGAAAAUGCGCGAGACAGCGCUUCACGCUGCCGUCAGAAAUGGACAUUUAUCUGUGAUUGCAACUCUGCUACGUCACGAUAAGAGUGCUAUCAAUUGCUCUAAUAUUGCGGGCAGACGCCCCCUACACGAGGCCGUUCAUUUGAACAGUUACCAUGUGCUGAAAGCGAUGUUAGCUGCCCAGCGAGUGAAUGCUUCUGUGCGCUGCAAUACUAGCUUGCAGACGUUGGGUAAACUUGGUGGGUCACCGCAAUAUCACUGCCCUUGUGGAUUUACUCCGUUACACAUCGCAGCCAUGCGCGGUUAUCACAGUGUUGCCAAACUUCUCAUCACACAGAACGCAGACAUAAAUGCGGGAGAUUGCAACGGUGCUACUCCACUUCAUAUAGCUUCCUGUCAUGGUAUGGUAUCUCUUUUAACCCUUCUUGUCGAUAAUGGAGCAAACCCAAAUCGACAGAGCUUCAAUGGUUCCACUCCUCUUCAUAGCGCAGCUGCCUGUUCUGCCACAGAAAGUUUCCGCCCUUUGCUCGACUUAGGAAGCGGCUUCGUGAAAGAUAUGAAGAAAAUGACUGCAUUGCAUUACAUUGUAAAGGAUGUAACGGUUGUUGGCACAGAGUACUUUGCUGAUUUAUAUGUUUGCCAGCCAAAGGACUGGAUUGAAGUGGCCGUUCACGAGAAAGAACCGUGGCAGAAAGGGGAACUGAAAUAUUCUUGGUUGAAUGCAUUGAUUAGAAUAACCAAGAGUUUUGCUGCUAGUCUUGAUCCAACGCAACAGUUUGAGAUUGCUACUGAUCUCAUACUAAAAACCUAUUCUAAUGUUUUUUAUAUCUUGGGAAAAAGAGCUAAUGCUUCUCAUUUUCUCACUGGGAGCGAUGGUUUGGAGCACAGUUCUCUGGUGUCUAUAGCAACUCCGACUGCUUUUGUUAUUGAUACACUUUUUCACGACUUACUAAAACGUUUCCUUGUGACAAUCAAGAAACCAUACGAACCAAAUUUGAUUCCAGAACCAUUGACCAAAGCCUUGUCAAUGACAUUCGCAUUAAUCUUUCCGGCACUACAAGACUGCUCGUUUCUUACUUCUACAGUAAGAGAGGAUAUGGUUUACAUCGUGAGCAUCGUCCUGCAAGCCGGUGCGGACGUCAAUUGCCAAGACCAUUCGGGGAUUAGUCCUCUUUUGGCUUAUCUACACAGUGGUGGGCGUCACAUGUCUAAAGUCUUAGCAAAGCACCGGGUGAGAAUGAGCAUCACAUGCGAAGACCCUUUUGAAAUGUCCGUACUGCACUUGAUAUCUUACCAUAAGUUACAUUAUUUGCAUUACCUUCCCGAGUUCUUGCUUGGAGAUGAAAACUGGUCUAAAUUUCGAGCAUUGGAUGAUUCAAUGUUUGACUACUUCUUGGAGAAAUACGAAGAGACACAAGUAGACGGACACAAGGAAACAAUCCGGACAAGCGACGGUCCAUUGGCUUUGGCAAUCAAAUCGCAUCCUAAGGGAACCGAAGUUAUCAAUGAGUGCUUUGACGCUGAAGGCUAUAAUGCUUUACACAGAGCAGCGCAGGGUGCAAACGUAGUUGCAAUAAGAAAAUACCUCGCUUGGGGAGCCGACCCAUCCCAGGAAAAUUCAUAUGGGUAUUCCCCGCUCUGGCUUGCAGUUUUAAAUUCGGUCAAAUACACACUUUUCUUGAAUUUUCAUAAAAAAAAUGUUUUAACAGCUUUGGAAGUGGAUCUGGCAUCAAUGUCGGCAUCUGUUAUUUUAAGCCACCUUUUACUACGUGGCUCAGUAGACAUAGGCUGUGACAAACGGCGACCCGAUCUAACCUUAUACCAUAUCGCAGCUAUUAAAGGAAUGUGGCAGUUUAUCUCUCAUUUAUUUUCGGAAAAGAGAAUAACAGGCCUUGACGUGAACUGCCCUAACAAACAUGGUAUAACGCCAAUGUAUUUGGCAAUGCUCGUUGGUGGUACUACUUGUGAGUGGGACAGCCCUUGGUGUAAGGUCUUACAAAUUAUUCGGAGCCGCGGUGGAACCUUACAGUUCCCGACUCAAGAGGCUGAAUACUUCCUUAUUUCUGGUCUCUUUUUUGGAAUGAGACCAGGUUACACGUUCCUUGAGUUAACAGAGCACGAAAUAUUAACUCUUCAAGAAGACUGUGGGCGUGAUGAAUGUAAGAGAUACAAAAGCGGAGAUACCGAUCUGUUAAAAUCAUCUUGUGAACUCGAUAGACUAUACAUUGAAUACAAUGAAAACCUGGACCAGUGUUUCACUUGCAGUAAAGGAUGUCCGCCCGAGAUAAAGGGACUUUUGCCACAUUUCGAAUCUCUCAAGGCUGUUUUUCAUGACCAGCAACUCUUGAAAUUGCACCAUGGCAGUGUCAGAGAUAAUUUUGUUAAGUUUCUAGACGAGGAAAGUAAGCGUAUACAACGUUUUUUGCUGGAGGUUACCAAACCCUACACAAGGCUAUCAUGCAGCAAAGGACGCCGGCCAGAAGGCAUGACUAUUGAUGGCGGUAGUCGUCGUCAAAAUGACAUGUGCACUGACGGUAUGAGUAUGGAAUCCGCUUUACGUUUGUCCUAUCGUAAUUUCAAAUCAAGCUCUGAUCAGCUGCAGAGGCUUACAGAAAAAGCCAGAUCCUAUAUUUUUUCCAAGGGAAAUCCCCCACGAUUACUAUCAAAGAUAGGUCAUGCAUUGCAUAAUUAUGACACCACCCUGAGCUGCGACUGGCAGGCAAUUUCAACCAGGUAUGUGAUGUUAAAUUUUCAAAUUCGGAACUUCAAACUUGCGACCCAACAUGUGAAGGAGAAUUCCAGAGUGGUGAGCAUCUCCGAUUUUGCCUCACACCGCAUACAAGAAGUCUUUGUCAAACCGUCUCAAGAGACACUGAAACUUGUAUUAAGACUUGCUUCCGAGAAGUCUUCGGGCUUCGACGAUCUUGACUAUCUUAUGAUUUUGAGAUUCAGAAAGCCGCCUUUAUGGAAAGGAACCUUUUAGCAACUUCCUUUGACAGAUAGUAGAGUUUUAAACAAUUAUCCUUGUUGACGUGAAUCAAAGCAAAACUUUUAACAUCUGGCCAGUGAUAUAAAACAAAUAACUCAAUGAACCAUUCAGAACAACACAAUUGCAAGUAGAUCGAGGUGAGAAGUCAAUUUCAGUGAUCAAGGCGUAACGAUCAUAUGCCUUUGGAAACCUGUAGUUGUUUCUGUUGCACCCUUAAACCACGACACACUUUAAACAAGAACAUAUCACGUCAUUUCAAGAGAUUUCAGUGUGUCCAGUUUGACCAGUAUGAUUUCCAAGUUGUGUUUAAGAUUUUUUUGUGUGUUUAAGAUGAAUCAAUAGUGAACUCGCGAACAUGGGAUUUGAGUCAGUGCAAGAGAGAUUGAACAUUGCCACGUAUGAACAAACUUUGUUGUCACCGCAGGGGGUCUAGGUACCUAACUGGCGCCGGUAGUGAGGUUAUAUCAUGUGAAGUCGUCGUUUAACGGAGAUUAAAGACGGGAGAAUUUCAAACCAACAACCUUAAAAGUGGUCGCGGUCACCUCCGAUUUGAGAAGCAAAAGUCCGGAUAUUUUGGAGAAAAAUAUUUCUUGGAAACGUAAGCGCUUACGAGAGGUGGUCGCACAGGGAGGUUCGACUGUAGAGUUCUAUAUUGAUGAAAGUGAAGGAUGAUCAUCGCAGUAAAUUUUCCAAUUUAAGCAA